AUUGGUGUUUGUAGCGGCAAUGUAAGAACAGCGUGCUACUUGUAACUCGAACAAAAACAUAAAUAAAGUACUUCUAAUAUCAUUAUAGGCUGGAAAGCAAAAUAUUCCAAGAGUUCUCUGCUGCAAAGGACAGACGUGUACUUUAGAGAUGUCUUUGGUUUGUGCAAUUUCCAAUGAGGUCCCGGAACAUCCUUGUGUGUCCCCGGUCUCGAACCAAGUCUUCGAGCGCCGACUCAUCGAGAAAUACAUAGUGGAGAAUGGAACGGAUCCUAUGAACGGCCAACCCCUGUCAGAGGAGCAACUUAUAGAUAUAAAAGUGUCCCACCCAAUCCGACCAAAGGCUCCGUCCGCCACCAGCAUACCUGCCAUCCUCAAGUCCCUGCAAGAUGAGUGGGACGCGGUGAUGCUCCACAGCUUCACCCUGCGGCAGCAGCUGCAGACCACGCGGCAGGAGCUCAGCCACGCCCUGUACCAGCACGACGCCGCCUGCAGGGUCAUCGCCCGCCUCACCAAGGAGGUCACCGCCGCCAGGGAGGCCCUCGCCACACUGAAGCCCCAGGCCGGGUUGAUUACCCCCCAGGCUCUCCCUGCCUCUCAGCCGUCUGUGGGAGCCGGUGGAGAGCCCAUGGAGACUAAUGAACUGGUUGGAAUGACCCCGGAGAUCAUCCAGAAGCUCCAAGACAAGGCCACCGUCCUGACCACAGAGAGAAAGAAGAGAGGAAAGACGGUGCCCGAGGAGCUGGUUAGGGCUGAGGACCUGAGCAAAUAUCGCCAGGUGGCUUCCCAUGCUGGCCUUCACAGUGCCAGUGUCCCUGGGAUCCUGUCUCUCGACCUCUGUCCCUCAAACACCAACAAAGUCCUCACCGGCGGGGCUGACAAGAACGUGGUGGUGUUCGAUAAGACCGAGGAGCAGAUCGUGGCCACCCUCAAGGGUCACACCAAGAAGGUCACCUCUGUCAUCUACCAUCCCUCCCAGUCUGUGGUGUUCUCUGCCUCUCCCGACAGCACCAUCCGUGUGUGGUCCGUCGCCGGGGGCAACUGCGUCCAGGUGGUGCGAGCUCACGACGCGGCCGUGACCGGUCUGUCUCUCCACGCCACCGGAGACUACCUGCUCAGCUCCUCCGAGGAUCAGUACUGGGCUUUCUCUGAUAUCCAAACUGGGAGGGUGCUCACUAAAGUGACCGAUGAGAGCGCUGGCUGUGCUCUGACAUGCGCCCAGUUCCACCCUGACGGCCUGAUCUUCGGGACGGGCACGGCCGACUCCCAGAUCAAGAUCUGGGACCUGAAGGAGCGCACCAACGUGGCCAACUUCCCCGGCCACUCCGGCCCCGUCACCUCCAUCGCCUUCUCCGAGAACGGCUACUACCUGGCCACGGGUGCUCAGGACAGCUCGGUGAAGCUGUGGGAUCUGAGGAAACUGAAGAACUUCAAAACCCUCGCUCUUGACAACAACUACGAGGUGAAGUCGCUGGUCUUUGACCAGAGCGGGACCUACCUUGCUGUGGGUGGAUCCGACAUCAGGAUCUAUAUCUGCAAACAGUGGUCUGAGGUCCUCAACUUCUCUGACCAUUCCGGACUGGUAACUGGGGUGGCGUUUGGGGACAACGCUCAGUUCCUAACCUCUGCUGGAAUGGACAGAAGUCUAAAGUUCUAUAGUCUGUAGACAGACAAGGGGAAAAAGAGAGGGGAUGGGAGGGGAAGUUGAGAGAGAGGGAGGUAGUGAAUACUUUGGUUUGCAUUUUCAGAAGACAAGUGGGGGGGAAGACUUUUGAGAAUAAUCUUAUGGUCUCACAAGCUGUCACUGUGUAAGACCAAAUACACUCGUUUGAACCCCUUUGUGUUUAGGUAAAAGACAAGGUGAUGGGAUAUGGAUUUGAGUCCUAAAGUUGUUUUUCUGUAUUAUAAAAAAAAAAAAAACAAGAUGCCGAUAUUUCAACCAAUAAUCUGUGAACUAAGCAUUUGCCGACUGUCUGUUUACGUGCUCCAAUUUUCCUGUAUUGUGAAAUUCCUGACUGUAAUGCCCAUGAAUUAAAUAGGACAUAUGAAAUAAACAUACCUGUAGCCUCUGCAGGGUUAAAUGUUUAGCUCAAUAAAUGUGUGCCGCUAGAGGUCGAAUAAUUAAUGGUGCAGUUCAGCAAGAGAACUUGUGUGGGUAGUUGUGAGCAGUGAGUGUAAUAGGAAGAAGGACAAUGUGGUCCCAUGACCUGAUGCUUUUUCCCUUGUUUUAGAUUUUGUCCUGUAGCCUUAAUCACAUUUUUAUAUUUCUCCCAUUGCAGCAGUGUCUUCAUAUCUAUUUACGUUUUGAACCCACCCAAUAAAUAAUCUUUUCGUAUGAA